AUGGUAGCUUGGGCAGCUUUAGGCGCAAUGGGAACAAAAGCAUUAGCAUUUGGAGCAAAAGCACUUGGAGCUUAUGACGCAGUAAAUAAAAUGAGUGGAGGAAGGGUUUCGAAGACAUUAGAUGCAAAUAAAGGGAAGAUUGGAGGCUGGGUUGCAAAGAAGUUAAGAUUAAAUAAAAUAGGGCUCAUAAAUAAAGCAUCCAAUUUGGUUGCGACUGAGUCAGAAAAUGCUUUAGGAAAGGACGAUGAGUUUGCAAAACACGCAAAAGACUUUAAUGACCAGAUGAAAGGUGAAACAAUGCAUUUAAAUAGAUUCGAUGGAACUAAAGAAAAUGUUUCUUCUCCACCAGUAGUUCUUCCGUAUGGUCCCUAUGGAAUGUAUGGAAACCCUUACGAAAGACCAUUUGACCCAUUGACUGGUGGAAGUAACUG